AUGGCCCCUGUCCAAAUUGACUGUGACAGCCUGUCACUCAUUUUGGAGCAGAUGGAAUGGCAUUUGCAGCCUCUGGUACAGGUCCAUACAAUAUGGGGAAUGACAGACAACACAGAUGAACACCAGCGAACAUCAACCCCUUACCAAAGCCCCUAUCCAGACCAUGUCCAAAUGCUGGGAGACCCUGGGACCUGGUUCAAGCACAUUGAUCAUCAUUCCCAGAUUCCUAUAGUAUACCAGUAUGCCCACUGGACCACCCUGCCUUGGAGCAUGCUGGCCCACUUGGAAUGGUGUUUGUCCAUACAGGCCCACUUCAAGGGUCCAGCAUGCCAUGAUGGGGAGUGGUCAGACAGGAUCAUUGGUUGUAUUACAAGACAUGCAAUUGACAUAGGAGAGUCAGGCAAAGAUGUCAAUGUGGACAGGGGCUUUGGUUCUGGAACAGUGUUCUUCAGUAACAGGUCAAUUGCAAUUGAGCUAGGGGGGAUGAACACCACAUCAAGCAGCCCAGCAUGCUCCAAGGGGGAGUGGUCAGAUGGGAACAUCAGAAUGUUAUAA